AUGCAUGAUCAAAAACCCUUUAGGAUCGCUUUAACUUUUAGAAGACGUUCAAGGUCUUGUGAGCAUAAUGAUCAUCAAAGUUAUCAUGAAAGCAACAAAAGAAGUACUAGGCGAAGCACAUCUAAAAGAAAGGUUGAAAGAACUACUAGUGAAAGUCAAAGUCCCAGAAAUAAUAUAUGUGAAAGAAAUCCAAGUAUCUGGAAUAAAGUUACGAAUGUUAUGGCAGAAGUUUUAGAGACUGAUAGUAUAAAUAUAACUAUGACAACAAAAACUCUUGAAAGAGAUAACAGAAAUGUAAGAAGUAUCGAAAAAAGUUCAAGUAAAAGUUUGAGUAAUAGUAUUGACAUAACUCCGGCAACAAAAACUCUUGAAAGAGAUAACAGAAAUGUAAGAAGUAUCGAAAGAAGUUCAAGUAAAAAUUUGAGUAAUAGUAUUGACAUAACUAUGAUAGCAAAAUCUCUUGAAAGAAAUAACAGAAACGUAAGAAAUAACAAAAACGUAAGAAGUAUUGAAAGAAGUUCAAGUAAAAGUUCAAAUGAUAGUAUUGACAUAACUCUGGCAACAAAAACUCUCAAAAGAGAUAACAGUAACGUAAAAAGUUUCGAAAGAAGUCCCAAUAAGAGUACUAGACAAGAUUUAGAAAAAAAUGAAUCACGUAGAGAGCACUCUCUGGAAUCAUAUAAAGAAUACUCUUCAGAACCACAUGGAAGAUAUCUAAAAUCACGUAAAGUGCUCUUGGAUAUGACUGAUGAACAUUAUAAGACUUUUAGGGAUAAAGUUGUCCAAAUCCUUUCUGAUCUUGACGACUCAUUAUUACUUGACCAUAUGAAGUCAUGGAAUGAAAUUUCACGUCAUGUCUAUAAGAACAUAAUGCUAGCUAUCGAUAGAACAAUAAACUAA